AAAAACUUUUUUUGAUAGCUAAAAUGGCAUCAUCAACCAUUCUUUCUAGGAAAAUGAUUAAACUUUUAUCCCCAACUCCAUCUUCACUUAGACAUCACAAAUUAUCUUUCAUGGAUUGCAUAAACCUUCCUCAAUAUUCCCCAUUUGCCUUCUUAUACCCUAAACCUAAAAAUCAUACCAAAACACAAAUAUCACAAAUUCUUGAAAACUCCCUUUCAAAAGUACUAUCCUCUUAUUAUCCCUUCGCGGGACGAAUCAAGGAUAAUAACACCUACGUCGAUUGCAAUGACAUUGGUGUUGAGUAUUUAAAUGUCAGAAUAAAUCAUUCGAUGUCCGAUAUUCUCAAUAGCCGCUGUAAUGAUGUUGCGGAUAUAGUCUACCCAAAAGACUUGCCUUGGAGUAGUAGCGUGAAUCGAAGUCCACUAGUGAUUCAGUUAAGUCAUUUUGAUUGUGGUGGAAUAGGACUUGGUGUGUGUUUGUCACACAAAAUUGUUGAUGGAUAUUGUAUAGCUAAAUUCAUUAGUGAUUGGGCCAAUACAGCUCGAGACAUGGAUUUCAAACCAUCAAUUAAAUUCAAUGCAUCUACAUUUUUUCCACUAAUCGAGGGUGCACCAAAUAUUAUGUCUAUAAAUAGUUCUCCUCAAUCACAACGAUACGUGUCAAGAGCCUACAAUUUCUCAUCCUCGAACUUAAAAAGACUCAAAAGGAGCAUUACCGGAGUUCAAAAUCCAACUCGCGUUGAAGUUGCGACGUCACUUAUUCAUAAAUGUGGGGCGAUUGCGUCGAUGAAAAAUUUGGGCUCGUUUAAACCAUCUUUGAUAAGCCAGGUAAUAAAUUUACGCCCUUUAAUUCCGCUAGACACGAUGGGAAAUGCGACGUGUAUCUAUAGCAUAAUAGCAACGACGGAAAACGAGAUAGAGUUGCCUAACUACGUCGCUCAGAUGCAAAAUGUUAAACAACAAAUUCGAAACGAGUUGAAGAAUCUAGAUACGGAUAAGAUAGUUCCAUAUACACUUGAAAAAGUGAGAGGCAUUGUAGACAUAAUGGAGAAGGAUAUAUUUGAUAUUUAUUUAUCAACAAGUGUACACAAUUUUGGACUAUAUAGUAAGGCUAAUUUUGGAUGGGGCAAGCCUAUAAAAGUUUCUAAUACAAAAUAUCCAACUAAGAAAAGUAUCAUGCUUUUUGAUGACCCAAGUGAAGAAGGGAUAGAUGCACAAAUCACCUUAACAGAAGAUGAAAUGGCAAUUUUUCAAGAGGACAAAGAGCUUCUAGAGUUUGCUUCUCCAAUGGUUCAAUCAACAAAAUAAAUUUUUUAAGGGUGUCUUACGUUAUUUUAUUUCUUAUUUUGAGAAUGUUUUACAAGUUUGAUUUAUAUUUCAACUUAUUUCUUUUGUAAUUUUGAUGAAUUUGAUUUCGAUUUACCAUACUAGCUUAGGUUUAGUAUUUCGAUUUAUGCAAUCCAUGAAAGAUAAUUUGUGUUGUCUAAGUGAAGAUGGAGUUGGGGAUAAAAGUUUAAUCAUUUUCCUAGAAAGAAUUUUUGAU